AUAAUCUAGGGGUAUAAAAUGAAACUUGUACGGUUUCCGUUUCCACGUUGGUUCAAGCGAUGGAGUCAUGGUGAUCCGGCUUACUGUAUACGUCUCGUCUCGUCUUCCUCACGCACACGUCUGUAGAUUCAAAAUGUCAGACCUGCGUUCUUUUCUUCAGAAUACUUGUAUAUAAAAUCAGGAAGUAUCUCUAAAAAUUCAAACGCCUUGAACAACGGUCAUCAAUUCGAUAGGUAUUUACUUUGAGCUCCAUUUUUCUGUUGAAGAUCUUUGAGUGAUUCUUCCAGAAUCAGAAACCGAUCGAGGCAGGAGAUAGAUUAUGGGCGGAGCAAGUGAAGCAAGGUCUUUGGAACAGACGCCGGCAUGGGCGGUGGCUACUGUUUGUUUUGUUUUGGUUCUAGUCUCCAUUGUUAUCGAACAGAUCAUCCAUCUGAUUGGACAAUGGUUCAAGAAGAAACAGAAAAGAGCUCUCUAUGAAUCACUAGAGAAGAUUAAAGCAGAACUUAUGUUGCUGGGAUUCAUAUCGUUGCUACUGACGGUAGGAACAACUCCGAUUACAAAAAUAUGCAUAUCAGAGAGCGUGGCAUCGACAUGGCAUCCGUGCAACAAACAGAAUGCGAAAAACUCAAAUAAAGAAAAAAUACAGAACCCCCGGAGACUUCUCACUUGGUCGAAAAUGGGUGACAGCAGCCGUCGCGUUAUGGCCGGAACCAGCGGCGACAACAAGUGCGCCGAAAAGGGAAGAGUGUCGUUUAUGUCUUAUGAAGGGGUUCAUCAACUUCAUAUAUUCAUCUUCGUUUUGGCUGUGUCUCAUGUUCUGUACUGUAUUCUCACCUUGGCUUUAGGAAGAGCAAAGAUGAGAAGUUGGAAGCAUUGGGAAACUGAGACGAAAACAGCCGAGUAUCGCUUCUCCCAUGACCCAGACAGAUUUAGAUUUACAAGGGACACAUCAUUUGGAAGAAGACACGUGAGUUUUUGGAGCAAAUCUCCCAUUCUUCUUUGGAUUGUUUGUUUUUUUAGACAAUUUGUUCGAUCGGUACCAAAAGUCGAUUACUUGACGUUGAGACAUGGAUUCAUCAUGACACAUUUGGCACAAGACAACCAAUCGACAUUUGAUUUUCAGAAAUACAUUAACAGAUCACUUGAAGAAGAUCUAAAGGUCGUCGUGAGUAUCAGUCCACCAAUUUGGUUAUUAGCUGUGGCUUUCUUGGUCUUUAAUACUCAUGGAUGGUAUUCUUAUUUAUGGUUGCCUUUUCUCCCCUUGAUUAUCCUUCUGCUAGUGGGGACAAAACUACAGAUGAUAAUUACAAAAAUGGGAUUAAAGAUCCACGAGAGAGGAGAGGUUGUGAAGGGUGCACCAGUGGUUCACACUGGUGAUGAUCUCUUUUGGUUCAACCGCCCUCGUCUCCUUCUCUACCUCCUCAACUUUGUCCUCUUUCAGAAUGCAUUUCAACUCGCCUUCUUGACAUGGACUGUGCUUCAAUUUGGGUUGGAAUCAUGUUUUCAUGAGCAUACAGAGGAUGUUGUCAUCAGAAUCACAAUGGGGGUUUUAGUUCAGAUCAUAUGCAGCUACGUGACUCUUCCUCUAUAUGCCCUUGUAACACAGAUGGGCUCUACGAUGAAACCAACGAUAUUCAACGAUGAAGUGAGAACUGCUAUACGCAAAUGGCACCACAACGCAAGAAAACACAUAAAAGAAAACAAGAAAUCGGGCCACACGACCCCAAUGUCAAAUAGGCCUGGGAUGCCAUCGGUUGGCCAUAACUUGUCCCCGCUUCACCUCUUAAGUCACUACCAAAACAACAUUGAUAGCCUCAACGCAUCCCCAACAAGAUCAAACUCGAAUAAUGAAAGUUGGGACAUCGUUGCUAUGGAUCAAGUCCAAGUCCAAGUCCAGGAGUUUGGUUCGUCAUCACAAUUGGCAUUGCGUUCUGAUGCUAUUAUUGAAAAUCAAGACGAGAUGGCAAAUGAAGUUCAAAAGGAUUUUUCAUUCGACAAAAGACCCAACAUAUAUGAUCAACAAGUUAACGAGUACCAAGGAACAUUUGAAAUUCAAUAAAUGAAUUAUUAAUCUUUUUAAGUGAAUCACCAUAGACAAUACACAACAAAAGUGUUACGUGUAUAUUGUGUAUAAAACUUUAGUGAUACAUUAGUUUG